CCAAGGAUAUUCACGUUCUGGGAAUUGGAAGGCCUGGUUUAUGGUUAACCAGCGCCUUGCCUCCCCCAUCAUUCCCUCAUCACAUUCCCUAUAGCUUUCUUCCCAGAAAACAGAAUUAAAACAAAAAAUCAAUACUAGAACCUUGGCAUUGAGUUUCUCAUCCCUCUUCUACAAUGAACGACCUUCUAUCGGAAUCGUUUGAAAUCCCUCGUGGGCAUGGAAAUAGAGACGUCGAGUUAGGGGCAUAUCUACGGACUUCAGGAGAACUGGGUUUGGAUACUUUCUUCAAAAAGGUUCAAGAGCUUGAUAAGCAAUUUGAGAGGCUGGGUAAGCUUCUCAGGCAGCUCCAGGAUGCUCACGAGGAGUCCAAGGCAGUGACCAAAGCUCCUUCCAUGAAGGAUAUUAAGCAGAGAAUGGAGAAAGAUGUUGAUGAAGUUAAGAAAAUUGCCCAUCACAUAAAAACAAGAAUUGAAGAAUUGGACAGAGAAAACUUGGAAAAUAGGCAAAAGCGUGGAUGUGGAAAAGGAACAGGCAUCGACAGGUCAAGGAUAGCAACCACCAUUGCCUUAAAAAAGAAAUUGAAGGACAAGAUGGAUGAAUUUCAGCGGCUGAGGGAAAUCAUACAUCAAGAAUAUCGUGAGGUUGUAGAGAGACGUGUUUAUACAGUGACGGGCACAAGAGCUGAUGAGGAGACAAUUGACAGAUUAAUUGAAACCGGAGAUAGUGAACAGAUUUUCCAGAAUGCAAUCAGGGAACACGGAAGAGGCCAGAUACUGGACACACUGGCAGAAAUUCAGGAACGGCACGAAGCAGCUAGAGACGUUGAGAGGAAGCUUCUUGAAUUGCAGCAAGUAUAUCUGGAUUUGGCGGUGUUGGUUGAUUCACAGGGUGACAUUCUUAACAACAUAGAAUCCCAGGUAUCAACUGCAGUAGAUCACGUACAGCAAGGCAAUAAUGCACUUGUGAAGGCAAAGAAGGCACAGAAGAAUUCGAGAAAAUGGAUGUGCAUUGCUAUCAUAAUACUUCUUCUUGUUGUUGUCAUUGUUCUUACUUCAGUCCUCAGACCAUGGAGUAACAGAAAGGGGGCCUAGUCACCAGUUGCUUGUGUAUCAACUUGUGGAUACUAAAACUAAUGAGUACUUUUUCCCCUUGAUUGUCAUGUAUCAAGUUCUCAUAUAGCGAUUUUAUAUGUUGAUAUUGAGAAUCUCAGCCUACAUAUAUAAAUCUUCAUUCAAAAUUAUCAGCAAAAUUUGAGACCUCUAUU